AGAGAGUGUCCGCCUCAUUUCUUUCGGCCCGCGCGCGCACGCACGAGAGUGCGCGCGCAGGCGAAUGGGUUGAUGGCAAGAGUGCCCAAAAGUCGAUGGAGCAUCAAGUGGUCGGACACGCAUGUCUUCAAGGCGGAGCAAGAAGGUGACAACAUCUCUGUGGCGUGUGUAGAGGACUGGUGCGCCACGCUGGACGCCCAACUCGCGGAGCGCUUCGGCGGGGGGGGCCUUCCGCGCCUGGCGGCGGCGUCGCUGAACUUCUCCCGGUGCUCGCUGGACGACGAGGCUCUCACGAAGCUGCUGAGCUUCCUCUACAGCCGGGACAUCACGGUGCAGAUCCUGAAGCUCUUCAGGAACAACAUCCGGGACGCGGGCGCCUGGGCGGUGGGCCAGUUCAUGGCCCACAGCUCGCAGGCGGUGCACGAGGUGCACCUGAGCCACAACGGCAUCUCCGAGCAAGGCGCUUGCGCUCUCCUGGAGCUGAUUGCCUGGAGCGGGAAGUACCCCUACGACGCCCAGAACUCGGGGUGCCGGGACGGGCGUGGCUUCAGCCCCAUCUGGCUGCGCCUGGAGCACAACUGCAUCGACUGGCGGGUCAUCGAUCAUAGGCUGCACCGCCCAGAUCUGACGUGGUGCACCGCCGAGUCCCGUGAUGGGUGGCUGAUGGCGAGCUCGGCGCCCACGGUGUGUUUGCAUGCGUCCUACAGGAACCAGCACGACAAGCUGACCUGGGAGGAGGGCGAGUGGGCGGAGCCACCUGCCCCCGGCGGAGCUGGCUCCGGGCAGCUUCUGCUGGCGGCGCUCAAGGGCAACACCCAGGCCCAGGACCUCAUCGACCCCAGAGGUCCAGGUCCCGCUGGUCCCGCUGGUCCCGCUGGUCCCGCCGCUCCCGAGCGGCCACAGCAGCCGCGGCCGCGGCCGGCGGCGCUGGCGCCGGGAUCUGUGACCAGUCCGAGCCCCACUCCGGUGUUGAGUACCUCGCCCAUCGGUGGCCAAGGGCCCAUGGUCUCCCCCAACGCGAUGCGCAAGCCGAUGCUCUCCUCCACGCCCCCUCCACAGGGCCAGAUGCCGCAGCUCACGGAGACCGAGGUGGUGCCACUUUUCCUGUUUCUGGACGUUGGUGCGGCACAUCAAAUGCUGCUGCGCGAGGACGGGAUCUGGCGCUUCGUGGGCCUCUUGAACCUGGUCUCCAGCGGGCACAUGAAGUGCAACCCGCCGGAAGGGAGCGCCAAGGAGCUGCCGUACUGGGUCCACCCAGUGCAGGAAGGCGAGACCAUUGUCACCUUCCUCACUGCGGAUGUUUUGAAGGACUUGGAGCAGCGGGAGGAGCCGUUCCUGCGGGAGGAGUUGGCCAAGUACAACGCGGAGGAUCCCAGCUCCAUCCUGCACCAGUGCAUUGAGUGGGGCAUUCUGGAGGCACCGAGGUCGACGUGGAGUUCUGCCCGGGUAAAGCGAAAUCGACGGAGGUCACCUUGGGAUUUUUUUUCCAGCUUUUUGGCCUUCUGGCCAAGGCUCAGUUCCGAAUGACCUUGAUCUCGGCAGGCGGC